AAUAGAUUUUAUAAAUCUAAUAAUUACACAGAUCUAAUCUAAACAAAUUGAUACAGAGUCCAAAAGUCGCACUUAUCUACAUUAUCGUACACAAGACUGUUCACAGGAGCUUACGAUGUUUAAAAAUGCAUUAACAAAACAAUAAUACAAAGCUUAAGAAAAGUGUUACGUUUAUUUUAAUGCCAUUAAGCGUUCAUCAAUCGGAAAGUUGACAGCCCGAAUCGUGCGAACACAGCAAUUUGUAAAAACAAUGCAUCAUUUAGGAUGCGCCUAUUCAGAAAACAUUACACCCAACAUUGUUCGCAAGAACAAAGUGAUACAUUACUAAUGUUCUCCAUGAUCAUAUCAAAAACGCUUACUCAUUACAAACUCUGUCUAAUCAAUAAACUUAACCGCAUUGCAAUAUUUCAAAUCGCCUAUUCACUUUACAAAUCGUUUUCAUUUUUCUAUUACAACAGCGAUCCCCUACGCGGCAAGUCGACAAAUAACUUUUCUUAGUGAAUUACCGGAGGCGGUUGACGCGGUUUCCCCUACGAGAUCGUCCCUCCCGCGACUCCCGCCAUUUCUCCCUCGUGGAGUGGGCCAUUCAGAGACGGUUCGCGAAGCUCUCACGGUGCUUACGGCUUGCUUUGCUUCAGUUUGGCGGGCUUAGCGUCAGCCAACAGGCGUGCGCGGUGUGGUCACUCCAACUAAUAUUUGGCGGGAACGGAAAGCUCGCGCUCGCGGAAUAUUUAUCGCGAUACCAAAGCGAACUAUAAUUCAUAAGUUUAUGUGUAAAUCGUGAAUAAUGUCUUUAAAAUCGAGUCCCCUGAUGCUUUUACGAUUGUUCAUCGUAAUAAAUAUUAUGAUAGUCCAAGCAGACAACAGUGCGUCGUACUUGGGUGCUCGUUGUCGAGCCAACUCGGACUGCGGCAUCACAAACUCGCGCUGUGAACGAGGCGUGUGCACAUGUCAACCUUACUAUGCGCGUGUUGAUAACUCCACCUGUCUCGAAUCAACUCUACUAGGAUCAGAAUGUUCUGUGUCGGAGCAGUGCACCUUGAAGGUGGCUUACAGUGCCUGUCUAGAGGGUGUCUGCAGGUGUACCGAUGGCCACCUUCAGUUCAGGAAACAUACCUGUCUUUCUCCCGCGCCACCCGGUCACGUCUGCUACAGCAAUGAACAUUGUCGUUUGUGGGACAAGGAGAGUCGCUGCGAGUUUGUCAUUCUUAAUCUCUUUGGAAGGUGCGCUUGUAACAGCUACUACAAACAAAUCGGAGACAAAUGCGUAGCUCAAAAGGUACCCACACUUGCAACUGAAGCUGUCGUAGCAGAACAAGAUUCUGUAGUAGCGCCAACCAACGGAACUUACAAAGAUUCUAGUCCAACUGUUCAACUAGCUUUAACUUCGGAUAAUACUUUUGGAUCUCCAGUCUCUAUAGUUGGCACCGAUGAUUUACUGCCGAGCAAAUUGCCUAUGUACACAAACAAAAACGAUGUCUUUAACACUAACGAAGACAGCCCCUUGAUGCAAGCUGUUAUGAAAGUACCGAACGUUGAACCAACGAAGCGUUUACCCGUCUCAAAUAGAAAGGACGGCGAACCGAAUGAAACGAUUAGGGUAGACGAGAUGACAGCUAAUUUGCAUGCAAAUGAUCAACCAAUUUAUAGGGUUGUAACACAGCCAACUGUGGAAAAGAAAGCAAACAAAAAAGGAGGCUCGUCAAAGGAACAAGUUAAUUCUGGCAGCAAACCACACAAAAGCGGACAUCAAAAGAAGUCUUCAUUAAAAGACAAGCAUCGUGUCCGUACCGACACACCAGUGUUUGACCUUGGUCCUGCAUCACUGGGUAUGCCGUGCGUCACAGACCCGCAGUGCCAACAAGUGGAUCCCUACACGCGAUGUCUCAAUAAGAAAUGUGACUGCACGUACCGAACGAACUCAACAUCAGCUUGCUCCGCCCGUAAUAGAGGUUGCUUGCCAAACACGUUCCAAUGUCGAUCUACGGGAACAUGUAUAAGUUGGUACUUCGUGUGCGACGGUCGUAAAGAUUGUCCCGACGGUUCGGAUGAGAAGUGCCAAGGUACUGGUAAAGAGCUGACAGGUGAGCGAUGCCCAAUAAACUCGUUUAGAUGUGGAGGACCGGGGUCGACCUGUGUGUCGCGAGCGUCCAGAUGUGAUGGAACUCCUCAAUGCCCAGGGGGAGAGGACGAAAAGAAUUGUAGGACUACGAGACGAAAGGGGUGUCCACGCCACACAUUCCGUUGCGGUUCAGGGGAGUGCCUGCCCGAGUACGAAUUCUGUAACGCCAUUAUUUCAUGCAAAGAUGCGUCGGACGAACCCCCUCAUCUCUGCAACGAACAAUCAAGAUGGCGUGCGGCUGACUUUUGUCCAUUCCGAUGCGGGAACGGCCGAUGUAGGAGCACGGCUGUGGCAUGCUCGGGCCGCGAUGGCUGCGGUGACAACAGUGAUGAAAUAGCAUGUAGCGUAUGUAGAUGUCCAGCCCCACCGCAACCUUGAACUUAAAUAUAGAACGAUUCAAAUUGCAACAUCCCAUGGCUGGAUCUCAAUGCUCAAUUGUUUGUAAACAGUAACACAUUACUGCCCAAUAGCGCUUUUACGAUAUUAGAAAGUAGAAAUUUAGAAAAAUACGUCACCGAUGCUAUAUUAAAAUUUAAUUCUCUAAAUAGAUUUAUUGUACAAACAAUAGACAUAGAAUUUUAGAGAUCAAAUGAUCUAAAUUAAAUAAGAGUUCGUAGCUUUGUGGACUCCUACAUUUAUAAUAAGUAUGUACAGUUCGAAAAUUAUUACUUCGUGCGUAAUUUUUUAUUCGUUUAAAUGAUUUUAGCCGAUUUAAUUUAUCGCAACGUGUACAUAUAUCAUUCACUUUAAAUGCAAUCCGUACGUAAGCAUUUAGAUUCAAUAAGAGAAAUAAUUAAUGAACAAAAAAAUUCCAUAAAUUUUGCUCAGACUACGAAAUGUUUAACGCUUAUUUAAGAGUAUUUUAAGCCACAUUUAAAACAAGACUGAUGAGUUACAUGUUAAUCCAUUUCUAACUCGUGAAUUAGACAUAGUUCAGGUAAAAAUGCAAAAUUGAUAUUGCGACAUACACCGCUCAAAAUAUUUGUAAAUAUUUUCUUACAGCCAUCUGCACUCUUACUAUGAGAUCUUAUAUCAAAACUGUUGUCAUUAUAUGAACGAGAUAGAGCAUAGCGUUGCGUGUAGAGGCAUCUCGCUCUCACGAUAACAGUUUCAUUUUGGAAGAGUUUUCAAUACUGGCGCUGUUUUUGCACAGACAUCUUGUUUUCGUAUUCCACAGACUAUAAAAAACGUAUAAUUAAGAUUUUAAUUUAAGUUUCUUGUGUUUUGUGUGAACUCACCUGACUGCACAGUCAAGUGUAAUUUAUUGUAAUAUAGUUUGAUUACGUGUGUGAAUGUGAUAAUGUAUUUAUUAAAUUAAUUUCAUUUUGAAAA